UCCUUCGCUCCAUCCCUGCAUCCCUCCCUCCUUCCCGCGGCGCAUCCUCUCUCUCCACCCCUCUCCUCUCCCGCUGCCGUCGGGGGCGCUGCCAGCAGACCCGGCUCGCUCUCCCCCAUCCUCGGGGAUGUGCUGAGAAGGGGCAGCUCCCCUCGGGCCCCCCGCGACACCGCCCCACGCCUGCUCGGAACGGGGGAGAAGCCCGGCGAGCUGUGUGAGGAAAUUCUUCAGCCAUGGAUGUGUUCAUGAAAGGACUUUCCAAGGCAAAGGAGGGAGUUGUAGCAGCAGCAGAAAAAACCAAGCAGGGUGUGGCGGAAGCAGCUGGAAAGACGAAAGAGGGCGUCCUCUAUGUGGGUUCCAGGACCAAGGAAGGAGUAGUUCAUGGUGUCACAACAGUGGCUGAGAAGACCAAAGAGCAAGUGUCUAAUGUUGGGGGAGCUGUGGUGACAGGAGUGACGGCAGUGGCCCAGAAGACAGUGGAAGGAGCAGGAAACAUUGCUGCAGCCACCGGAUUGGUGAAGAAGGACCAACUGGCCAAACAGAAUGAAGAAGGUUUCCUGCAAGAGGGAAUGGUGAAUAAUACAGACGUUCCUGUGGAUCCUGAGAAUGAGGCUUACGAAAUGCCUCCAGAGGAAGACUAUCAAGACUACGAACCCGAAGCGUGAGAGUACUUUCCUUCCUUUAUAUCUCCUGAAAUCUACUAACUACUAAAGACGUCCCAUCCUGUACAAGUGCUGAGUUCCAAUGUGCCCAGUCGUAAAAUUUUUUUACAGUUUUUACAGUGUAUUUUGAAGUCUUCCAUCAGCAAUGAUUGGAGUAUCUGUGACUGCAUCUACCUUGUUUCAGCGUUUCCCUUCUGCUGAAAUGAAAGCUGGUUGGCAAGGUCAUUGUUGUGCUGUGGAUAUUGUGGCUUCAAGUUUAAAAGUUAAAAAAGAAAAUACUAAAUAAAAACACCUAAGUGUCUACUGCUUAUUUCUAACCUGUACAUGUUUUGUUGAUAGACUGUCAGUAAUUUGAUAUUGUUUAUUAUACAGUUUUUGUUUCCUAUGGCUAUUCUUUCUGUGCGGAGAUGACUUAUUGUGAGAGCUUUAUAUAUAUGUGUAUGUAUUAUACAUAUUAAAAAAGAGUAAUUGAGCAUGAACUAUGCACCUAUAAAUAUUAGCUAUUGAAAUUUUAUUGUUUUGUGAUGUAUUUUAUUAAUUUGUGUCUGUAAAUAAUGGUGUUCAACUGAAACAAAUAAAAUGUAACCCAUUAAAAAUGA